CCUUCUCAUGUCUAUUUCCACUCACUAGACGUCGAAGGGCUAUUUUAACCAGAAAUCGCGUCAGCGGCUGAUUCACUCUUGUUUGAGAUGAUGUGCCUUCGCUGGCCAAUAGCCACGUCCACAUCCACGAGCCCGGAGCGCAGCGGCACCAAAGUUUGUGCGUAAAAAGGCGGCGCGGCGGAGCGGAGCGCGAGGAGCCAUGACUCACUCAGUGUCACCUCCUCUGAGAGUAAAAUACUGCUGUCCUGAGGUCCCUUCCGCUCAGAUGUGUGUGAGAAACACACAACUGCACUUGACUCGCUGAAUCUGUUUCCACAGCGAUGACUGGAGAGUCUGAAGCGAUGAAGCGGAGACGCGCGGCGCGUCCAUCUACCCAAACACCUCCGGAUCGAGUUUUCGCGUUCAUCGACACGCCGCUGGGGGUUCGUCAGGCUUCAAAAACCAAACCAGCAUGCCAGCAUCAGGACCAAAUCUAUCCUGAUUGAAGCUGUUCGCCUAAAAAACCUGCGUGACGCACCGAGAACCGCUCUUCAGCCAAAAAUAUCUCCUCAGCGCAUGCCAAAGUGCUUUUAGCUUUGUCCUUGUUAUCUGCUUUGCAACCUCAGUGACAUCAGCCAAUUCAAUGCAAACCUAUGAGUGACCAUCAGGAGUUUCCCAAAAAAAAAGUGUGCACAAAAAGCCAGUUCACAGUGUUGCGAAUGUGCAAAGUGAAUUGUUUAAAUCCCCUUUGAUGGAUAUCUCAGAUAAAUCACUCAUGCAUCAAACCGAAAGCUUUAUUCCUCCUCGAUUGAUCACACAAUCUGCAACAACGCUACUUGUUUAACUCUCAUUGCUCUGUAUGAUGCUCCAGCUGCACAUGCUUAUGAACACGUCAAAGCAACCUACGAAUUUAUGACUUUAUGACAAAAGAAUCCAACGCUCUCCGCAGCAUAAUACGUUUAGUUCCCUGUGUUUAUAUCUCACCCGCAGCGAUUUUUCCACCAACAUACAUCAUUAAAAGCUCAUCUUGGGGCAUUUGAGAAAUGAAACACAACAGUUUGAGUUUCAUCCCAUUCCCUCGGCGUGCUACUGGAAAUGCUCUGGGUUUCUUGCACGACAGCCAACGUAGUAUCUUUUUUUGGUACAAACUGAAAGGACGGCAUCCUUAUUAAAUGCCUGGACAUCUUGAACAAAUGGUUCCCUUCAAAGACAACAUGACUCCGGAGUCGUUCCCUGAGAACUGUAGCAACUGCAGCCAAGUGCUCGUCCCGGAGCUGAACGUCAUGAAGGCGGUGGCUUUGGGGGUGGUUUUGGCGGUGUUCAUCGUGUUUGGCGUUUUGGGCAACAUCUUAGUCAUCCUAUCGGUGGCUUGCCAUCGUAAUCUACGAACGGUCACGCAUUACUUCAUCGUCAACCUAGCAGUUGCGGAUCUUCUUCUGAGCUCUACGGUUCUUCCGUUCUCCACGGUCUUCGAGAUGCUGGGUCGAUGGAUCUUCGGACGGCCUUUUUGUGACGUGUGGGCUGCGAUGGAUGUUUUAUGCUGCACGGCGUCUAUUAUGAGCUUGUGUGUGAUUUCUGUGGACCGAUAUAUCGGCGUUAGCUAUCCUCUACAGUACCCAUCUAUUGUGACAGAGCGACGUGCAUUGCUUGCACUCAUAGCUUUAUGGGUUCUGUCCAUCACUAUUUCCAUCGGACCUCUAUUCGGCUGGAAGGAACCGGCGCCGGAUGAUGAAACCAUAUGCAAGAUAACUGAGGAACCCGGUUAUGCCAUUUUCUCAGCUUUGGGAUCUUUUUACCUCCCUCUAGUGGUGAUUCUCUCAAUGUAUUGUCGUGUGUAUGUUGUGGCGAGAAGGGAAACGCGAGGACUGAUCAGCGGACAGAAGACUGAGAAGUCGGAUCACGCUGAGACUGUGACCUUGCGGAUACAUCGCGGAAACAUGACGGUGUCCGAGGACGAGGCGUUACGCAACCGGACACACUUCGCACUGCGUCUGCUCAAGUUCUCAAGGGAAAAAAAGGCCGCCAAGACUUUGGGCAUCGUGGUGGGAUGCUUCGUACUCUGUUGGCUUCCGUUUUUCCUGGUUCUUCCCAUCGGUGAGUUGUUAUAA